CCGGGGAAGUCACCAAUGGACUGUGGACACUUAGCUGAGAGCAGCGAGGAGAUCUCCGGCCUGGGCGCAGAGCCCGAUUCCCUGCUGCCUUCUGCUGCCGGCAGCAAUUCCUGCCCGUCCUCGGCGGCUGGGCAGCGGGCUGGGCCACCUCCUGGCAGACCUGCCGCCACUAAUGCCGCUCGAGAGCGCAGUCGGGUUCAAACCCUGCGCCAUGCCUUCCUCGAGCUGCAGAAGACUCUUCCCUCUGUGCCGCCCGACACCAAGCUCUCCAAGCUGGAUGUACUCCUCCUGGCCACCACCUAUAUCGCACACCUCACUCGCAGCCUUCAGGAUGAGGAAGAGUCACCGGGAGAGGGCUUGGGUACCCUUCGAGGGGAUGGAUACCUCCACCCUGUCAAGAAGUGGCCAAUGCGUUCCAGGUUAUACAUUGGAGCUACAGGGCAGUUUUUGACUCACUCGGCACAAGGAGACGGCGCAAACCAAGGAGAAACAUCAACAACUUCACAAAUCUAA